AUGUCUGAUGCUCUGCCUUUGCCAUUUAGAUAUCAAUUUGCCGCAGGAGCAGUUGCUGGGAUCUCUGAGAUCCUGGUGAUGUACCCGCUGGACAUGGUCAAGACCAGAAUGCAGCUGCAGGUUAAGGGUGGUGCAGGUCCCCACUAUAACGGCGUUUUGGACUGCUUGAAGCAGAUCGUGGCUCGCGAAGGUGCCUCGAGACUGUACAAGGGAAUUUCGUCGCCGGUGCUUAUGGAAGCACCAAAGAGAGCGACCAAGUUCGCGUGCAACGACGAGUUUCAGAAGCUUUACAAGCGUGAGUUCGGCGUCGAGAAGUUGAACCAGUCGCUGAGCAUUUUGAGUGGUGCCUCUGCCGGUUGUUGCGAGGCGUUUGUCGUUGUUCCCUUCGAGCUGGUGAAGAUUCGUCUCCAAGACGCCAGCUCGAGCUUUAAUGGGCCCAUCGAAGUUGUGCGCAAGAUUAUUGCCCAGGAAGGUGUCAUGGCGAUGUACAAUGGGCUCGAGUCCACUCUGUGGCGUCAUGGUGUCUGGAACGCGGGUUAUUUUGGAGUUAUCUUCCAGGUUCGCUCUUUGUUACCUCAGGCUCAGACCAAGUCUCAACAGACGCGUAAUGAUUUGAUUGCUGGUACCAUCGGUGGUACUUUCGGAUCCAUGUUGAGCACGCCUUUCGACGUGGUCAAAUCUCGUGUCCAGAAUACCGCUGUUGUUGCUGGUCAAGCUCGCAAAUAUAACUGGUCGUGGCCAUCGCUAUUUACCAUCUACAGAGAGGAAGGAUUCGCUGCGCUUUACAAGGGUUUCGUGCCAAAGGUCUUGAGACUCGGCCCUGGUGGUGGUAUUUUGUUGGUGGUUUUCACAGGAGCCAUGGAUUUCUUCAGAACUAUUCACUACAAGCAGAAUUGA